AUGAUGAAAGAAAUGUCAAGAAUGACUUCGAAGAAACUAAAAACAUUCAAAACGCAGAAAAACAGAAACUCGAGUCAAAGUUCUCUACUUUGGAGUUCAAGAAUUCAAACUUUUGCUGUUUGUAAACGUGAAAAUUACUUUUUGUUGAGUUUUAUUGAUAAGAUUGAAUAUGAAGAUGUGACUACUGGCUUAGCAGAGUAUUUUGAGUGCAUCCGUGAAAAUAUGGUGAACAAUUGUAUUGAAUUAAGACAAACAACAAGGAAAUCUGAUGGGGAGUUCCUUGAACAACAAAAGGCUACGAAGAAUAAUAAAGUGAAGACAAAUGAGAAAAUACCAACAUCAAACAGAAAAGAAAAAACAUAA